AUGCCCGGCUCGCGGGAUAGCAGGGCAGCGACGCGCGAAUCCCCUUCAGGCAUCGAAGACAUGCAGGCGCGGCCGGCAUCAAACGGAGACACGCCUCGCAGAGUCAAGAAGGAGACUCCUUCGUCAAGGCAGCCGAGCGCUGCACAAUCACCGGCCGUGAAGGGAGAGCGUGAAGAAACCAUAGGUGGCGACCUCAGCAUCAAGCUUGAGCCCGGCAAAGCCCCAAAGCUGUCCCGCACCAUGUCGCAAAAAGUCAUCACCGGACCUCGACAAUUAUUCAACGAUUUGCCAGAUGCUACAGAUGAAGCCACUUCGACCUUUGAUGUCCUGCCCGAUUGCACGUAUGGCGCAAGGCAUCUUGGCACUACCGAGCAGGCGCUUGAAUGCGACUGUGUCGAGGAAUGGGAUGCGCGAACGCAAUCCAACAAUGCCUGUGGCGAAGACUCGGACUGUAUCAACAGGGCGACCAAGAUGGAGUGUCCUGGGGAUUGCGGCUGCGGAGACGGCUGCCAAAACCAACGCUUCCAGCGCAAGGUGUAUGCCGAUGUUUCUGUCAUCAAAACAGACAAGAAAGGCUUCGGUCUACGGGCUAACAAAGAUCUCAAGCCAAAUGACUUUAUCUUCGAAUACAUUGGCGAGGUCAUCUCGGAGCCCUCCUUCAGGCGGCGCAUGCACCAGUAUGACCAGGAAGGCAUCAAACACUUUUACUUCAUGUCCCUCGCCAAAAGCGAGUUUGUUGAUGCAACCAAGAAAGGAAAUCUCGGUCGAUUCUGCAACCAUUCGUGCAACCCGAAUUGUUAUGUCGACAAAUGGGUUGUAGGGGACCGACUCCGCAUGGGAAUUUUCGCCGAGCGUCAAAUCGAAGCUGGAGAAGAGCUUACCUUCAACUACAAUGUCGACCGCUACGGAGCCGACCCCCAACCCUGUUAUUGCGGCGAGCCAAACUGUUCUGGAUUCAUCGGCGGCAAAACGCAAACCGAUGACCGUGGAACUCAACUUUCAUCAACCAUUCAGAAGGCUCUCGGUAUCUUCGGAAACGAAGAUUGGGAGAAUGCCGCACACACGAAAAAGCCUCGCAAGAAGAAGGCCUCAGAAGACGAUGAAGAAUACAUCGACAGCAUUGAGCUUAAGCAGCUCGGCCCAGCAGACGUCAAGGUCGUCAUGGGUGAAAUAUACAAGAGCCAGGAAAAAUGGAUCAUCGUCAAGCUCCUCAAUCGCAUACAGAACUGCGAGAACGAGAACGUGCAGUUCAAAGUGGCCAAGAUGCACGGCUAUGUUAUCCUCAACAAACUCCUCAAGACCUACGCCGACGAUACGAACAUUCUAUUGCAAAUUCUGGACAUUCUUAACAAGAUUCCUCGACUUACUCGCAACAAGAUUGUCGAUUCCAAAAUCGAUGUUACUGUCGAAGGCCUACUCGAACACGAAGAUGAAAGAGUCAAAUCGCAAGCCGCAAAAAUUUACGAUGAGUGGAGCAAGCUAGUCAUCGCUUACCGCAUUCCACGUGUGAAGAGAGAUNNCCCAACCUAUUGCAACAAGACAAGAGAUUGGAUCGUUCUGAAAGGAAGAAUCGUGACCGAAGUCACCUCGAGCNNUCCUCCACCUACUGAGCUCCCGCCUGGUUGGUAUGUCGCAUUCGACCAAAACGGCACACGCUACUAUUAUGACGGUGACGGAAAUGUCCAAUGGAUACCACCCACUCAAUCGGCAAUCAACGCACCCCUCCUCCACCGCCCAAGNGUUUUGUCUGAGGCACAGAAACUCGAAGAUCUGAUCCAGGGAAUCGUCAACAAGAAGGAAACUCCGGGCACUGACAAGCCUUCCGCCACUGCAACGCCGACUGAGACACCCACCAAAGCCAUGUCUGAUGAGAAGUGGCGUUCGUUACCUGAAGAGAAGCAAAAGAGGGUCUACGAGAACACGCUCUUCCCAUCUGUCAUUCACGUCGCAAACAAGUACAAGGGCAAGCUGGACAGAGAUGAUAUCAAGCGCUUUGCUAAAGAAUGCUCGAAAAAACUUGUCAACUCGGAUUUCAAAAACAAGCGUGUCUCUGAUCCGAGCAAAAUCGACUCCAGACAAGAGAAAGCGGUCAAGAAAUUCGUGACCGACUUCUUUGAGAGGGCUGUUGUGAAGAAGAAAGAGCACGAUCAACGCAAAGGACAAGGCUCGGACCAAGCAGGCACGGAUGCCAUGCAGGUCGAUUCGCCCAAGGAUGCCGACAUCGAUGUUGCUGGCAUGAACAACAACGACAUAUCUUUAUCAACAAGUCCCGCAAAUCUGAAGCGAGCACGGAAUGAGGAAAGCUCGACAGCUGGGGCCGCACAUGAAGACGAUCCACUCGGCAAAAAGGCCAGAGUAUCUGCACCUGCUCCUCCGCCCCCUCCGCCUCCGCCAGCCGGAGGCAUGCGCGAAGAGGACACGCAAACAGGCAAUGAUGACUCCCCUAGUGUUGAAGGUUUCUCGAUCAAGGGCGCUGCUGGUGGACUUCGCAUGCCGAAAUACGUGGAAUCACCAAUGCAGGUCGCAACGCCGCCUACCACGAAUAGUCCGGAUGCAGAAGAAAGGGAGAGACGUCGCAGAGAAUUCAGCGGGCUCAAUGCCGAGAGGAUGAAAAACUUAGGAUUUCUGGAUGGAGCAAACGAUCGUUGA